CCAUGAAGACCAUCAUCGCUGCCUACUCUGGAGCCCUGCGAGGGAGGGGUUCUGGUGUCCUUCCGGCUCUUCAGAAUCUGUCCUGGCUCUCCAAAUCCAAAGUUGAGAAACAGCUGCAGAUCAUCUCGGUGUUCCAAUGGAUAGUGACUUUCGUUGCCAUGGGUCUGGGUUGCACAAUGGUCCUGGUGUACUUCCUUUGCACAGACUGCUGGGUGAUCACAGUGGCGUAUUUCACCUGGUUGGUUUUUGACUGGAACACUCCAGUGAAAGGUGGAAGAAGAUCUCAGUGGGUGCGAAGUUGGGCCAUUUGGCGGUAUUACCGGGACUACUUCCCCAUACGACUUUUUAAAACCCACAACUUAUCAACCAACCGGAAUUACAUUUUGGGCUACCACCCGCACGGGAUCUUUGCAGUAGGUGCCUUUUGCAACUUUGCCACAGAGGCCACGGGCGUGAGCCUGAAGUUUCCCGGGAUCAGGCUGCACCUGGCCACGCUCGUCGGCAACUUCAAGAUGCCCAUUUUAAGGGACUACAUAAUGUCUGGGGGUCUCUGCCCCGUGAACCGCGACAGCAUAGACUACAUCCUUUCGAAGAAGGGAACUGGAAAUGCCAUCGUGAUCGUGGUUGGUGGGGCGGCUGAGUCCCUCAACUGCGUCCCAGGCAAAAACUCCGUGACGCUGAAAAACCGGAAAGGUUUUGUCAAGCAGGCGAUACGAAAUGGCGCGGACCUUGUUCCCGUGUAUUCGUUUGGCGAGAACGAGAACUUGAAGCAGGUGGUCUUCGAGGAAGGCUCGUGGGGAUUGUGGGUUCAGAAGAAGAUCAAGAAGUAUAUGGGCUUUGCCCCCUGCCUGUUCCACGGACGAGGCCUGUUCUCCUCCAACACCUGGGGCUUGUUGCCCUAUGCCAAGCCUAUCAACACCGUAGUCGGGGAGCCGAUCACUAUUCCGAAGAUCGACAACCCGAGCCAGAAGGAAGUAGACUUCUAUCACAGCCUCUAUGUGACCUCCCUGCAGAAACUCUUCGACAAACACAAGACGAAAUUCGGCCUGCUGGAGACAGAUGCCUUGGAAGUCAACUGA